CUAUAUUGUGAGCGAUAUUUGAGAGGCAAGUUGUUCUCUACCCCUCUGUCUUUACCCCUACAUAUACCGCGAUAGCUAAAUAAUAAUUUAGACUAAUCAUAUUAGUAAAAUUGGAGUAAUAAAUUGUGAGUGAAACUAACGAUGGCCGGAACCACGAAACGUUCUCUGAAAAAUGAUACGAAUGGGCCUGAAUACCAGGAGGAAAUAAUUAUUACUAGAAAUUAAUAUACUGAAUAAUUUACGAAGUAAAUUUAUUCAAAUCAGCUGGUUCGCCGCAAAAGCGAAACCGAAACAACAACAGAAUCAAACCUGUAAGACGAAAGAUAUUGACAACAUCGUAUUAGAGAAACGCGUCCUACAAUCUGACUGCCAUAUUAUCAUUAUGGACGUAAAGAAAGGACAUUGCUGGCGCUGUGAAAGAGCAACCAGAGAUUUUUUUGAAGAAUGCAGCCAGUGCAAGAUUGCUAACUAUUGCAGUAAGAAAUGUCUGAAAGAUGAUCGGUACAGACACAAUCCAGAAUGCGAGGUAUGGCGUCCCAAGGAAUGUAACAACCCCGGCUGUUUCGUGAAAGAAGGAUUAAAGGAGUGCUCAGGAUGUAGUGAUGCGUGGUAUUGCGGAAAAUCGUGUCAGGCUAAUGACCGCAGCAGUCACAAAAAGCUUUGCCAAAAGCUUGUGAAAAAUGUUAAAGAUGCUGCCGCAAAACAGCGCGACUACUUCAAGAAGCGAUCUGGUGGACCAAUUGCUCGACCAUAUUAUGUUGGAAACACCCUUGCUAUUGACAUGCUCAACCUUCAGGAAAAUGAGUGUGAUGUGAAGUUGGACAAAAGCAAACAAGCUAUCAACUUGAAAAGCGAUUUCCGCAUUUUGCACGCCGGGUGUGGUAACCUGCGGCAUACCAUCCUAACAACAGCAUCACUGCCCGAAGAUUUUAAGGGGAAAAUUUCCAUGACACUGAACGAUUUUGAUCCCUUUGUUCAAGCAAGGAAUGUUCUUUUUCUGUGCAUGAUGGUCGUAUUCGCGGCAAAACCUGGUAUUGCUGAACUAAUAACAACAUUCUGGUAUUCACUACACCUUUCCAGUAGUCAGUUCGAUUUUUUGAUAGAAUGUUUGACAAAACUCGCCGGUUUCAACAGCGCUGCUUUGGCCAGUGUUACCAAAGGUCUAUUGAACAUUUCCGACGAUCACAUGGCGCAAAUAAGAGAGGUUUGGCGCGGAUGGCUUAGUCUUCAAUGUGAGAAAAGUUCUCCUAAGUACAUUAACCUGAAAAUGACGCGUGACGUAUUUCGUAAUGCUAUGAAUCGUGAUCCUAAACAGAACUUUAACAAAUGGGCAUUUCUUCUAAAACGACAAGCCCCAGAGGAAUGCGUGAAAUCUCUCGAAAAGUGGCUUGAGGAUGAAAACUUCCAAGCAUCAUCUGAAACACUGCGAUACGACAACCCAACUUUGACCGGUUUUAACAUAUUUGAUGGUAAAGAUUACACCUUAACAGAGGCAUUAGAAACCCUGAAAUUUCCAAGGCGACACGAAUUUGUAUAUUGCGUAUCCGGAAAAUUAUCUGUAUUUGGAGAAUGGGACCAGUUGCUUGUUCAGAAACACAAUUUGAACAAAUCUUUAGUGCUCCGCUUCCACUCGUACAUUACAAGUCUCAUAGAGAAAACCAUUUCGCUUUUUAAAGACAAACGCUUGUCAAUCGAUGUUCAUGUGUGCAAUUACAUGGAAAUUCCAUCUCUGUUACCAUCAGAUGCUCAGUUCGAUCGCAUUUUCACUUCCAACAUCGCAGAUUUUCACGGAACGAAAACGGUGCUGAAAACCUUUAAACCUCUUUUGAAAACCAGUAACAAAAAAGCUGUUCUUGUUACUCAAUAUCAAACCUGGCAUUUCGCGCUCGAUGAAGCCGUAGUCGAGCGGAAUCUUAAACUUCCCAUCGAUGGAACAUACAAUCAGUUGUUGCUGGCCGCCAGAAACGAUACUGGAAGAAAAGACGUCGAUGAGAUGCUGAAAAGCUAUUCCAAGGUGAAGGGAAAUUCAAUGUUUUGCAUGAUGGACGAGGCAUCUGCUGUUGAUACACAGUCAAUGGUUGAUGCUAUGAGUAGAAUUGGCAUUGAUGAGUAUUUAACACAGGAGUAUUUCAAUAACAUGGUGUAUUUCGUUACUUAUUUGCGAGCUGAUCUCAUGGCCUGUGAUCCAUGUUUACCUGGAGAAAAAGUGGUCUCAUUUCAAGAUGUGACAAGCACGGAAGGAUUUAGGAUGAGAGAUUUUAGGCGUGAAUUGAAUAGCGUGGUGCCAUUUUCAUAUCGACGAAACGCCAGGCCAGUGAACUUACUAAAGGCGCUUCAACGCAUGGUUGAAUGGCGAUUGCCUGAUGACUAGAAUCACUGUACAACUCAAUUUGAAAAUCUUGAAAUGCUGAAGCAAACAUAACUAUACAUCAAUCAUAUCGAUAAUUGUCCAAAACUGUAUCAAACAUGCAUCGUAACUGUAUCCGAUAUCACAGUAAAAACCCAACGGCAACGCUCCAAAAUAUCUGAAUCACAACAAUUAACCAAGUGCGGCAUCUUCAGACUUCGGUUAAACUGUUAUGUUUUAUGCAUACCGUUUUUGCUCUGAUAUAUACGUGUAAAACGGUAAUUGUAACUUUUUGCAAGCAAUAGCAUAAUAUAACAAAUAAUAAUGUAUAUAGAAAGCUAAAUUUUGAACGAAAUGUUUCCCGAAACUCAAAAUGUUUACCUGAUAGUUAACUGAUAGAUAACUGAUAGACAAAUUAACGCCAUAGCUUAAUUUUGUCUGUUCCGUGGAGCAAAAUUUUUACAUGUAUGUCUUAUCAACGUAGUUUUAGAUUAUUAGAUAUAAAAAACACUAAAUUUUAACCUCAGUUAUUCUAAAUUAACCAAUCAAAACGCACAAGCUACUACUUGAGUGGUGGUUCGUUAAAAGAAUGUACAUGCACUGACGCACGACAUUUUCCAAAUAUCAUGAUUAUGAAAUAAAAACUUGUUUUCUUA